CAGGAGAGGGGGCGGGGUCGCGCUCGGAGAAUAGCCGCCGCCGUUGCCGCCACCUUGUACUCCCCCCGCAGCACCGCCAUGAGCUUCCUCGUGGACUCCGGCAUUAUGGUCACGUCGCAGGUGCUCUUCUUUGGAUUUGGGUGGCUGUUCUUCAUGCGUCAGCUCUUCAAGGACUAUGAGGUGCGGCAGUAUGUUGUGCAGGUGGUCUUUUCCGUGACCUUUGCCUUCUCCUGUACCAUGUUUGAGCUCAUCAUCUUUGAGAUCUUGGGGGUGCUCAAUAGCAGCUCCCGGUAUUUUCACUGGAAACUGAAUCUCUAUGUGAUUUUGCUCCUCCUGGUCUUUAUGGUGCCUUUUUACAUUGGGUAUUUUGUUGUGAGCAAUAUCCGACUUUUGCACAGAAAGAGGCUGUUCUUUGCUUGUCUUGUUUGGUUGACAUUCAUGUAUUUCUUCUGGAAACUGGGAGACCCAUUUCCUAUCCUCAGUCCAAAACAUGGGAUCCUGUCCAUAGAGCAGCUCAUCAGCCGGGUGGGCGUAAUUGGAGUGACACUCAUGGCUCUGCUGUCGGGGUUCGGUGCUGUCAACUGUCCGUACACGUACAUGUCCUAUUUUCUCAGGAAUGUUACAGAUGCAGAUAUCCUUGCACUGGAGCGCCGUCUUCUUCAAACCAUGGAUAUGAUCAUCAGCAAAAAAAAGAGGAUAGCAAUGGCCCACAGGACAAUGUUCCAGAGAGGGGAAGUGCACAAUAAGCCCACUGGCUUCUGGGGCAUGAUCAAGAGUGUUACAACAUCUGCCCCAGGCAGUGAGAAUCUGUCCCUUAUCCAGCAGGAAGUGGAUGCUUUGGAAGAGCUGAGUCGGCAGCUUUUUCUGGAAACUGCUGACCUGCAUGCAACAAAGGAGAGAAUAGAAUACUCCAGAACUUUCCAGGGGAAAUACUUUAAUUUUCUGGGCUACUUUUUCUCCAUCUAUUGUGUCUGGAAAAUCUUCAUGGCAACCAUCAAUAUUGUAUUUGAUCGAGUUGGGAAGACUGAUCCAGUCACAAGAGGAAUUGAGAUCACUGUAAAUUAUCUAGGAAUCCAGUUUGAUGUAAAAUUCUGGUCACAGCACAUUUCCUUUAUCCUUGUUGGAAUAAUCAUCGUCACCUCCAUCAGGGGCUUAUUGAUCACACUCACAAAGUUCUUCUAUGCCAUCUCCAGCAGCAAGUCUUCCAAUGUUAUUGUUUUGCUGUUGGCACAGAUCAUGGGGAUGUACUUUGUUUCUUCAGUGCUCCUGAUCCGAAUGAGCAUGCCGCUAGAGUACCGCACUAUCAUUACAGAAGUCUUGGGGGAGCUGCAGUUCAACUUCUAUCACCGUUGGUUUGAUGUCAUAUUCCUGGUUAGCGCGCUCUCCAGCAUCCUCUUCCUCUACUUGGCACACAAGCAGGCCCCAGAGAAGCACAUGGCACUCUGAGGCUGUACUGGUUUAACCCACUGUUCUGGUACCUCUCCUUUUGGCUGGCUGCAGCUCUGUAGUACCGACAGGUAUAAGAGAAAAGAAGAGCAGCUCCUCUGUGCUCAGACAGCAUGACUGGCUCGUUGAACUUCCAUGAUUGUCUUUUUUUCAGCUCUGUGGCUCAUCCUGUGAGUGUCAUGGCUUGAACAUGCGGAAGAGGCAGAGACAAGUAACGGACAGCUGAGAGUCAGGGAAUAGGACCCUCGUGUAACAGUGACGCCUUACAGGACUUCAGGAGAUAUUGACUGAAGGGGAAACCUGUUACAAUCAGGAAUGGAAUAAAAUCUUCAAAGAGGGCACUGUGGAAACACAGUAUGUUAAAAUGAACCAUUCUUAAUCUGGUUUUGGAGCGUGGUGAUUCUGGAGCCAAGUGUCUAAAUCUGUGGAAUUAAAUCUGUUUUUUUGUAAUACCUCA